UUUUGUUGUAUGUCAUUCAUCUCCCCUAGUCGGGCCCUCUCUCUGUUUUCGGUUUCAUUUCUCAGCUCAGCAGACUCAAAAAGAGACCGUUUUAAAGACCAGAGGAGGUUCAGCCUCUCAGACGGGACCGCUACAGUAAUGGCAGCACAGAUGGACUUCAAUCUUAGACCGUACCAGGAAGAGGUGGUGCAGGCAGCACUCCGAGGGGAGAACAGCAUCAUCUGGCUGCCCACCGGUGGAGGAAAAACCCGUGCUGCGGUUUAUGUCACUCAGAAGCACCUGGAGACCACAGCCAAUGCCAAAGUGGCAGUUCUGGUCAACAAGGUGCAUCUAGUUGACCAGCACUUUGCAAAAGAAUUCAAGCCUUAUCUCGAGAGAAGAUACCAUAUAACAGCCAUCAGUGGGGACAGUAAUGAGAAAGACUUUUUUGGGCGUCUAGUCAAGGCCUCAGACCUGAUCAUAUGCACGGCUCAGAUCUUGGAGAAUGCCCUGAUUAACACGGAGGAGGAAAAACACGUGGAGCUGUCUGAUUUUACCCUGCUGGUAAUAGACGAAUGUCACCAUACACAAAAGGAGAGCGUCUAUAAUAAGAUUAUGGGCCGCUAUGUUGAAAAGAAAUUAAGAAAAGAAGGGAAUCUGCCUCAGAUUUUGGGUCUCACAGCAUCACCUGGUACAGGAGGAAAUAGGAAACUGGAUAAGGCUGUUGAACAUGUACUGCAGAUCUGUGCCAAUCUGGACUCAGUAAUUGUGUCCACCAAGAGUUUUAAACCAGUGCUGCAGAAAGUCGUCCCUAGACCCAAAAAGCAAUAUGAUAUUGUUGAAAAAAGAGCUCUGGAUCCAUUUGGCGACCACUUAAAGGCAAUGAUGUCGAUGAUUCAUGAGUUUAUGCCGUCAAUAGUGAGUCGCAGCCUGCGAGAGAUGGGCACCCAGGAAUAUGAAGCUGAUGUGGUGGAACUCGAAAAAACAGGUGUACAGAAAGAGAACAGACUGAUUGCUCAGUGUGCUUUGCACCUGCGGCAAUACAACGACGCUCUUCUCAUUAAUGACACGGUUCGCAUGGUGGACGCGUUCCAGGGUUUAGACGAGUUCUACAGUUCAAAGAAAACCAAACUGUUGGAUGGAACAGACAUCUUUCUCCAGGGACUUUUUGAUGGUAUGGACUGUUUACUGUGCUGAUGACUGUUGUGAUUC